AUGUCUGACGCAGACAAUCGAGAAGAAAUAAUUCAAUAUGUACCUUUUAUCUCAUUCGUGCACCCAUCGUUUUGGCACACUCUUACCGAAAUUAAACUUAACAUCGAUAAAUUAAACGAAACUUCGAAACCAAUUUACGGUCGUUUUACUUAUCGGGAUGAUAUUGGAGCGGUAUUUGAAGUCGAUGGCACAUCAUUUAACAAAGUUCCAGAGACAGAACAUCUGUACACAAGUGUAAAAGGAACAAUAAUAAACAAAAACACUGUGGAAGAAUUUAAGUCCAUUGAUAAAGCAGCUCUUUUGAAUUCUGUUGGUAAAACAAUAUGGGAAAACUUAAAGGAAGGGACAUGGAUUGAUAAACCAAGUUCUUUGUUAAACUUCUUUAUAUUCUCAUUUGCUGAUCUCAAGAAGUUCCAUUAUUUUUACUGGUUUGCAUUCCCUGCACCCAGUCAACCAACUGUGUAUCUGACUAGAAAGGGUUCAUGUAUAACAUCAGCAUUUACAAAUAAACAGUUAGAAGACUUAGCACAAAGUUACAAAGCAUUGGAUGAUGAACAAAAAUGUUUCUUCAGCAUUAUUAAAGAAAAUGAUACUAUUCAAGUACAAACACUAGCACAAUUUUUAAGACAAACUGAAUGCCAUCUUGCGAUAAAUGCUGUCUACUUUGUUUUUCAAGAUCCAAGUAAUGGAGUCAAUCCUGGUUGGGCUUUAAGAGUGUUUUUGGCAGCUUUAUUGGACUACUGUCCAACAUUAAUUGGUUGUAAUAUUAAUGUAAUAGGUCUUCGAUGUAACAUAUUUGGUGGAGUGGAAAAUAGUUGUAUAUUUUCAGUUAAAAUACCUGUGGAUGUUACAAAAAGUGAUGCAGCUGGAUGGGUGGGAUGGGAACGAAAUGAUAAGGGUAACUUUGGACCGAAACUUGCCAACAUGUCGGCAUCCCUUGAUCCAGUUGUGUUGGCUGAUACAUCCUCGGAUCUCAAUAUAAAACUCAUGAAAUGGCGACUAGUACCUGAUAUAGAUAUAGAAGUGAUGAAGAAAACUAAGUGCUUGCUCUUAGGAGCUGGUACACUCGGUUGUCAAGUGGCUAGAGAUUUACUGGCAUGGGGAUUCCGCCAUAUAACCUUUUUAGACAACGGAAAAGUAUCUUACUCAAAUCCAACUCGGCAAGUUCUUUACACCCACGAGGAUUGUCUCAAUGGAGGGAAAAAGAAGGCUGAGGCAGCUGCUGACAAUUUGAGACGUAUCCUGCCUUCCGUCGUUACUAAAGGCAUAGUAGCUCACAUUCCAAUGCCCGGACAUCCUGUAGGCGAAUCGUUAAGAGAGGAAACAUUAAGGAAUAUCAAGAUCAUAACAGAAGCCAUUGAGGAGCAUGACGUCAUAUUCUUAUUGCUAGACUCUCGGGAAGCACGCUGGCUUCCAACAGCUCUAGGUGCUUCUUAUAAAAAGAUAGUAAUAAACGCCGCACUAGGGUUCGACAGUUACGUAGUGAUGCGACACGGGGCAGCUGACGGGUCAUCGACUGCCGGUAGUGCUUAUACCAAUGCGAAGUGGAUCUCUGGUGGAGAUCUCGGAUGUUAUUUCUGCAAUGACGUCACAGUACCCGGCAAUUCAUUACAAGAUCGCACUCUAGAUCAACAGUGUACAGUAACGCGGCCAGGUUUAGCCGCGAUAGCCGGAGCUUUAGCCGUUGAGAUCCUCGUAGCCAUUCUACAACAUCCACAAAGAGAACUAGCGCCAGCUCCGUACAACUUAAGCGAUGAAGGCGAAAGCAUUCCGGGUUUAGAAGGCGUUCUGGGUCCUGUACCUCACGCUAUUAGAGGGUUUCUACAUUCAUAUCAGACAAUGUUACCCACAUGUCCAAAGUUCAACCAGUGCGUGGCGUGUUCAGUUAUUAUACUGAAUAAUUAUAUGGCGGAAGGCAGCGAGUUUCUCUUGAAGGUUUUCAACAGCGGAAAAUAUUUGGAUGAUUUGACUGGACUCUCACAAUGGCGUCUCAAUGCGGAAAUGACUGAAGUACUGACCCUUACUGAUGAUGAUGAAGAAACAAGUGAUAUCUAA